UUCGAUUUAUUGAGAUAGUGCGUUUUUUGAAGAGAAAAAUAAAUUUAAUUAAUAAUGUCGGUUUUCCACGACGAGAUAGAAAUUGAGGACUUUGAAUAUUGCGAGGAAGAAGAUCUUUAUACAUAUCCUUGUCCAUGUGGCGAUGAGUUUAUUAUAACUAGGGAGGAACUUAUGGAUGGAUUAGAGGAAGCAACAUGUCCAAGCUGCUCAUUGAAAGUAAAAGUAAUAUAUAAUAAGGACGAUUUUAAGAAAGAGCAUUUUGAGAUUGAGGAAAAACUUGGCAGUUUGACAUUGAAGGAGACAACAAUCUGCAAUUAAAAUAAUUUGAUACGCAAUUCAAAAACCAUCGAUGUAUUCUCAAUUGUAAUAUAUUUUGUGAUAC